ACUUUUAAAUUCUUCCGCAACAGGUUUAACAAGAGAGCAGUGCCAAAUUGCACUGUCCAAUGAGUUUUUAGAAGAAAACAGCAAAGAGAAUCAAAGUAUUUUUAAGCGUUUAUUUCCAUCAAUAUCAUAAAUAUAAGAUGAACCGAUUUAAUCCCAAACUCUUCAAUUGUUCCUUUGUUAGAAGACUUUGUAAUGUUAGUGUAGAAACUAAAGAUCCCCAUAUUCCUGUUAUGUUGAGAGAAACUGUUGAUUAUUUAAAACCAUGUCAAAAACAAACUAUUUUAGAUAUGACAUUUGGUGCUGGAGGUCAUAGCCGAAAACUGCUUGAAUUUGCACCAAAUAUUAAACUCUUAGCUUUGGACAGAGAUCCUGUUGCUCAUAAUUAUGCUGUUGAUUUAGCUAAUGAAUAUCCUGAUCAAGUAAUACCAUUGCUGGGAAAAUUUUCUGAUUUGCCAAAGCUUUUAAGUGUACAUAAAUUUAAAAGAAAUUCAAUAGAUGGUAUUUUAAUGGAUUGCGGUUGUUCUUCUAUGCAAUUUGAUACUGGAGAGAGAGGAUUUUCCAUUUCUAAAAAUGGGCCUCUUGACAUGAGAAUGGACUCAAAUAGGUGUGAAAAUGUACCAACAGCUGCUGAUGUUUUGGCAAAAGCAAGUGAAGGUGACAUUUAUAAAAUUUUAAAAUAUUAUGGUGAAGAAAAACAAGCAAAAAAAAUUGCAAGAGCUAUAAUUGAAGCAAGAUACCUCUUUAAAAAACUUCAAACAACUGAAGAAUUGGCCGACUUAGUUGAUUCCUGUUUUAUUUCUGAAUAUAAAUUGGAUAAACUACAAAGGCGUAGCCAUAAUGCUACAAAAACUUUUCAAGCUUUGAGAAUUUUUGUUAACAAUGAAUUGAAUGAAAUAAAUUAUGGUAUGAUAUUAGCUCAUCAUUAUUUGAAACUCGGUGGCAGACUCGUUACUAUAACUUUCCACUCCUUAGAGGAUACUAUAGUUAAAAGACAUUUAAUGGGAAAUUUGAUAGAAAAUACAGCCAAUCCUAUUCCUCUAAAAUUCUCAAGUCAUAUGAUGAGUACAGAAGAAGGAAUGAUGAUGGAAAUAAUGGAAAAAAAUUGGAAAAUGCUACAUAAACAUGUAAUAACACCUACUAUGGAAGAAGUUGAAAACAAUCCUAGAAGUCGUUCAGCAAAGCUUCGAGCGGCUGCUAAAAUCAAAUAACUUCAUUUCUAGUUCCUCCUGAGUUGAAGCGCUAACAGCAAUCGACGAGUCAUCCGCAUACAAAACCGUGCACUCAGAGUCAUCAAUAUGGGCAACCACGUCAUUGAUAAAAAGGAUGAAAAUUAACGGCCCAAGAAUCGACCCUUGCGGGACUCCAUAGUCUACGUUAUAAAUCUCGGAUUUCGCUUUUUCAUAUUCAGUGAUCAUUUUUCUCCCCUUAAGAAAAAAAGCAAGCCACUCAUGAAAGUUCCCUCUAAAGCCGGAGGCCCACAAUUUAUCCAGUGCCCGAUCGAUGCCCACCACAUCAAGCGCCAACGAUUGAUAAAAAAAAAGUGCUCCCACAUAUGAUACACAAUUUCCAUUGACAAUAUACAGGGGGUGCAAUUAAAAAAUGAAAAGUGAGGGAUAGCUACC